UAUAAGUAGAGCCGUUGUCCUCUGAACUUGUAGAGCGACCCAUCCGAACUACCCUAACGCGACAAUGAAGAUCUCUGUGGUUUCUACACUACUUCUGGCCGCUGGUGCCAUCGCUGGCCGUAGCGCACAGCAUGUCAACAAGAAGCUGCCCGAGCGUAUGCGCUCUGAACCCGCUGGCCUGCCUGGUGUAGGUCUGGACAAAAGGACCACCACGAAGAAGAAGCAAUACAUUAUUCCUCAGAACCAAAACACCACAAAGUAUGCUGUUAACGGCACUAACAUCCCUGACGUCAACUUUGACAUUGGUGAGAGCUAUGCUGGUCUGAUGCCUAUCUCUUCCCAGCAGAACGCUAGCGAGCUGUACUUCUGGUUCUUCCCCUCAGAGAACUCGCAUGCCGGCGAUGAGAUUCUGAUUUGGCUUAACGGAGGUCCCGGAUGCAGCAGUCUCGAGGGAUUACUACAAGAGAAUGGUCCCUUCCUAUGGCAAUACGGAACGAGGAGUCCCGUUAAGAACAACUACAACUGGAACAACCUUACCAACGUGAUCUGGGUCGAGCAACCGGCUGGCACAGGCUUCAGCAGCAAAGGCAGCACACCCUCUGCAACGAACGAGGAGGAGGUUGCAGAACAAUUCGCUGGAUUCUGGAAGCAAUUCAUUGAGACUUUCGGUCUACAGCACAAGAAAGUCUACGUUACUGGUGAAAGUUAUGCUGGUUUCUAUGUCCCGUACAUCGCCGACAACUUCAUCCAGAAGAACGACUCUGCGCUCUACGAUGUUCAUGGUAUCAUGAUCUACGACCCCUCGAUCUCAUACGAUGUCGUGCUUCAAGACAUCCCAGCCACACCGUUUGUUGAAUAUUGGGGUCCGCUCUUCAACCUGAACCAAACAUUUAUGGACGACAUUCGCAACCGCUCCGAUGCUUGUGGCUACACUUCAUUCAUGGAGGAGGCCCUCACUUUCCCGCCCAAGGGUCUGCUCCCUUCUCCUCCCAACGCAGACUACAGCAUGCCUGGCUGUGAGCUCUGGAACGAUAUCUUCAGCGCUGUCAGCCUCGUCAACCCUUGCUUCGAUAUUUACCAGGUUGCCACUACUUGCCCUCUACUCUGGGAUGUCCUCGGUUUCCCUGGUAGCUUCGACUAUCUGCCUGAAGGUGCUGAGAUCUACUUCAACCGUACGGAUGUGCAAAAGGCCAUCAACGCACCUGUUCAGGAGUGGGAGGAGUGCACUGGCGGUAUCCUGCGCGAAGAUACUAGCGAAUACACUAGUCUGAGCGUCCUUCCCAAAGUCAUUGAACACACCAACAACGUCAUCAUUGGCCAGGGCAUGCUUGACUAUAUUAUCUCCUACAAUGGAACUCUCAUGGCUAUCCAGAACAUGACCUACAACGGAGCUCAAGGAUUCAGCAAGGGCCCUCAUACCUGGAAUGAGUUCUUCGUUCCUUACCAUUCAGAACUGAACCUAGGUGACCUCGCCGGCUCCGGUGUCCAAGGUGCUUACCACACCGAACGUGGUCUGACCUUUGUCACCGUCCAGCUGUCUGGCCACAUGAUCCCUCAGUACGCUCCCAGCGCUGCUUACCGCAUGGUCGAGAAGCUCCUCGGAAGAACGAAGACCCUUGGUACGAAGAGCAACUUCAGCACCCAAAAGGGCAACUUCGGCAACUCUUUCAACUUUGUCACCGCCAACGUUACUACCAACUGAAUGAAGUAUAUUAGCGGAGCCGGCCGUGUACGAACUCCCUGUAUUGGGUUUGUUAAAGUGAGACAAUGAUUGUGCCUUGCUACGGUUUGAUCUUGCUCUCACUUAGACUCUUGGAAGAGAGUAGAAGGAGUGAUAGAGUGUCUAGAACACAAAUCGGAUCUAUAAUAAAAUGAGGAAUAAUUAUGUAGAACCUUCAAACUGCAAUCGCUCUCACCAUCCCGUGCAGUAGUGUGUACUACUCAUUUUCUUGUAGAUUACGUCUUCGAUGCCAAAGGAUGUUUCUAC